ACCUGACUAAGAGUCUUCCAUUAGAAUAAGAGGGUAGUGUGCAGAUGUCUGAUGAAGGCUGUUAUUUCCGAUCUUCCCCGCUGAGCUUGAAUGCAGCAUGUGCUCAGACAGCGUGCUCAGUAUAGCAUCAGUACCAGGAUGGGCAGCUAGCAGGUGGACUUCAUUUCUGCAUAGACAGCAUCAUAUCCGUGAAGCUCGAUGACAGGUGGGUAGCUCACCGUCACACUCUCGUUACUGACGACAUGUGUGGAUCGAUGCAUCUGUGUGUUUUUUGACAUCAGCGUGCUGUGUCAUGUCAGUUGUGUUGUGCUGAGCAUGUCAGUGCAGAGGCGGUCUGACUGCAGCGCUACAGGUGUACACAGGCUGCCUAUGCACACACUCGGCCGCGUCCUUCACAAGAUCACCGCCUCUGCAGACGGAAGGUCAUGAGAAGACGCGGGUUCGUUGGUGGAUGGGUGUCCUCCAAUCGGCCUUUGACGAAGUACUUCUGUGGCAAAUGAAGGAGCAUCAUAAUACCCCGUCAUUUGGUGCUUUUGACUCAAUAAUCCCUGUUUAUUUUUAUGUUAAAAAUUUAUAUUCCUAUAAGAUAUUUGUCCAGAUGACAUGUGGCACUAGCUUUACAAGAAAUGCUAUUAUAGGUGAAGACAUUUGUCAAAAGAUAAUGUCAAAUCAUUUUUGGUUCAUCUAUGAGGCAGAAUGCUGAGAUAAUUCAUUUAAAUAAAUGAAGCCAUGGUUUCUCUUAUAAUCCCCCAAUGUGCCAUUAUUUUAAUUUAAUGUUCCUGUAAUGAGUUAGGAAAGAGACUGAAAUAAAUAACAGUGCAUCUGUAUGAUCUACAAAAGCAAGAGCCCGUCAGCAACAAGUCAGAUUGAUUAUUUUUCACUGUAUGGUACACUGGUAACUGACAGCAUCCUGGUAAAGUCCUCUUCGUACAUUCCCCAAGACUAAAAUUUAGGUAUAUGUUUGAACGAUGGAAGAAAAAUGACAAAAUGCAGGAUAAUGUCAGGAAACAGAAAAAAUAGUCCCGCAGAUCUCACCAAAAUCAACACAAACUGCCCGUUUUUUUAAGCUCUGGGAAAGGGAGACCAGUCCAACUAAUAUCCCGCCCAUCUAGGACUUGUGAACGUUCACUGUACAAGAGAUUAACUAGUAAAGACUGGUUGUAAUUUUCACUACAUUGAUUGUUUAUUUCUCAGUCAACUUCUGUGUACCCUGCUCAUCCAAAUUUAAUGUUUGGGCCACUGGGUGUGAGGUGGGUUUGAAAGGUGUUGGCUAAAUAGUCCCUCAAAGGUGGGACAACAGCCCUGCAGGUGACAUUAGGGCUACCUAAAAUACGAUACUUACAAUUGCACAAGACACCCAGCACCAAGUUGUCUGCAACAAGUAAAAGGCCUUUUAUAUAAUCUAUUUCUGCCUUAAUCUGUAAAAUAUUUGGGCAGUUGUCCUUUUGUACAGUAUUUAGGAUGUUAGACACAGUGAUUGAUGAGAUCUGACCCAAAAACACAAAAGAAACUGGCAACCCCUUUUUGUUUUUUAUGUUUCCUUGCAGAACAAACCAAGACCGGCUGAUGCUGGUGAUGCUGUGGCUGAGUGAUAAAUCCAAACAAAUGUACCUCUGUCAGGCAGAUGUUAGACAUUUUUACAGACAGAAAUAUGAGCUGAAGACUUUUUAUUCUCUAUGUAAUCACUCUGAAAACAGUUAUUGGUGCUUUUAUAAUGUCUCUGUUCUUCCCACAGACCCAUUUAGAGCGUAAUAAGCAGAGCAACGCGGAAAAACAAGUCAAGAUGGACAACAUAUCUAUGACCGAUGGCAGCAGGAGCCCUCUGUUCCUCACAACCUCCUCCAAACACCUCAAGAGCUGCUUUUUAUCCAAUGGUAUGAAAAAUGGAAUUGGAGCAGGAGACCGUUUGUCAGCCCAGCCUGCACAGCCUACAGUGGCAAUCCUCGGCUCAGGUGACUUCUCCAAGUGCCUGACCAUACGUCUACUGCGUUGUGGCUUCCACGUGGUGGUUGGUAGUCGCCAUCCCAAGCUGGCGGCUCAGUCCUUUCCUCACGUGGUUGAUGUGACGCACCAUGAAGAUGCUGUAGGGAAGGCCAGCAUUGUGUUCCUGGCCAUUCGCCGCGAGCACUACUCUGCCCUGUGGGACAUAAAGCAUUUACUAGAAGGUAUAAAGGGCGCACAUUCACACUGCAAACACAAAUUGUGGGGAAAACAGGUUAUUUAAAACAUUACUUUAAGAAGUGGUGGCAAACCGAGCAGUCUUUCUUCAGUUGAUUUAUGAUUCACUUUAUACUGUAAGAGACCAGUCUAACUUGAGCCAUAAUAGUGAGCAACCAGGGUUUUUUGUUUUUCAUAUCAUAAGUUUUGUGCUGUUUCAGCUUCAUCGUGUCAUUAUUAAGUAGGUGGUUAUUUUUAUCUUUGUGUAUUUUGUAAUUGUGUAAUGAAGUAUAAAAUUCAAGUUUUGAAAUUAUAUUCCUUUGUCAUUUUGACCUGCAGGCAAGAUCCUUGUUGAUGUGAGUAACAACAGAAGGAUGAACCAGUAUCCGGAGUCUAAUGCUGAGUACCUGGCCUCGUUGUUACCAGACUCCGUUGUGGUUAAAGGCUUCAAUGUCAUUUCUUCCUGGGCCAUGCAGCAGAGCUGUCCCAAAGAUGCCAGCACACAGGUAGGCUACAACCAAAUGUCCUAUACAUCACUACAUGAUCAGUCAGUAACUGAUUUAUGUUUGAUAUGCUGCCAUUAUAGAUGGAAAAAUAUGUCUGUAUUCAGAAAGGAUGAUGGUUAGAUUAGUUUUAUGUGGACCUUUGCUGAUAAUGAUGAUUAUUUAAAAAUGCCAUUCAUAGACCGACUGAUUAAUUGGUCUUUCUCUACUCUUGAUUAGGGCUGUCCCGAUAUGAUAUUGAUAUCUAAUAUAGGUCAGAUAUCAACAAAAAAAUCAAAUAUUGGAUUAUAUCGGGCUGCAUCUAAAAUCUCCAAUAUCAGCACUCCGAUACAAGCAGUCCAUUCCAGACUCUGCUCCAGCACCCAUAUCUAGCAGCACCCAGAUCCAGCAUGUAGGGUCCACAUGAUCAAUCAAUCAAUCAAAUUUUAUUUACAUAGUGCCAAUUCACAACAGUUGUCAUCCCAAGACGCUUUCCAAAGAAAAUGAGCAGGUCUAGACCAUGCUCAUUGUUUGAUGAAUCAUCAAGACCCAACCAUAAGAGGGGACAGAUUAAACCCAUCUCAUCUAACAUGAGUGACAGUGGCGAGGAACAACUUCCUUUUAACAGGCAGAAACCUUGGGGAGGACCAGACUCAUGCUAGACAGCCACCAAGCUGCUGCUGGGUUGGGGAGGAAUACAGGGAGAUAGGGGGAGGGCAGGGGGAGAGAAAGAGAACAAGGGUGAGAGAGAGAGACAGGGGACAGCAGCAACAUUAUCACAACAACAGUGUGUACUAAGGUAGUAACAAAGUACUGUGGAGUAGGAGUGAUGUCGGCCCUGUGGCAGUAUUUUUCAUUUAAGUCUGAGAAAGACAUUGCAGCUGAGUUUAAAACUUCUCAUGCACAAGUUUCAAUAUCGGUAUUGGACGGGCUAUAAUAUCGGUAUCGUAUUGGAGGUAAAAAGUUAUAUCGGGACACCCCUACUCUUGAUGCUUUCAGACAACCUCUCAGUUUGUGCCUCUAAAAUCCAGGCACAAAAUAUGAAAGGGGAAUUUGAUGUAUACUCAAAGUAAGUGGUUCCCAACCUUGGGUCUGGGUCCCCCUGAGGGAUGUGCCAGAAGUCUCAUGGGGACUAUAGAUUUGUGCAGAUUUAUUAAGAUUGUGACAGCUUACUAUUUUCACUUCUGUGUAAAUAAAACUGAGAUGAUACAUUUUUGCUUCACUUCUUUAAGUAAGCAGAUUAAAAAUUUUUGUUUUUUACAGCAAUGAAUCAUUUAUUUUCUGUUAGGGUCCUGGGGGGAUACAAUUUUUCCCAGAUAUAAGUAGAGAAUUGGGAACCACUGCUUUAAGUCAUUUGUCUUCCCAUCCUAUCCUCUUUACAUGUGCUCUUACCCGCUCUUAACUCUCACCAAUCCUCCUCUCUGUGAUUCUGCUGUUAUGCAGGUGUUUAUCUGCAGUGACUCACUGAAGGCGAGACAGCAGAUUAUGGAGCUAGCCCGCCAGCUCCGCUUCCAGCCGGUUGAUAUGGGUGCCCUGUCUUCUUCCUGGGACAUCGAGGCCAUGCCAAUACAGUUAUUUCCAAGCUGGAAGGGUCCAGUCCUCGCCGCCGUGGCCCUAUCUAUCUUCUUUUUCGCCUACUCUUUUGUACGAGAUAUCAUCCACCCUUACGUAAAACACAAGCAGAGUGACUUCUAUAAGAUACCCAUGGAGAUGGUGAAUCGAACACUUCCCACUGUUGCCAUCACUCUCUUGGCCCUCGUGUACCUGGCAGGCCAGUUGGCUGCUGCCCACCAGCUUUACUACGGUACGAAGUACAGGCAUUUUCCACACUGGCUAGAAGGCUGGCUGCAGAGUCGAAAACAGCUGGGCCUCCUCAGCUUCUUUCUCGCUGCUGUUCAUGUUCUCUACAGUGUCUGUCUGCCUAUGAGGAGGUCUGAGAGAUACCUGCUACUAAAUACAGCGUACCAACAGGUAAGUACUGAUCAUGAUGAAAAGUUUGACCCUAGGCGAUAAUCUGUCACUAAAAUACAGACUAAAACCUCUGAUUAGACCAAUUCUUUAAGGUUUUCACUGAUCAAGAGGUCUAGGUUUUGUAUAGUUGUGCUUUAUUUCUGUAUUUUGGGGUUGGGAACCUUUUUUUGCAAUAGUGUGGUGCACAUUAUAUUUUAAAGAUCUUUUACCUGUAAAAUUACACACAUUAUUUUGUCACUCCCACAAGGCACCAGGGGUGUUACUAUUUAGGAUGAGGCUUUUGCCCCUCUACUAAUUUGAUUGGCCAACCCAAAAUCCCAAACAGUGAUUGUAGGGUGACCAUACAUCCUCUUUUACCCGGGCAUGUCCUCUUUUUUGGGGGACUGUCUGGUCUUGUCUAGGGGAGUUUCUAAAAUCCUUCAAAUGUCCGUGGUUUUGUAUGAAAGUUUUGAGUUUGUGUUGCGUGGACUUACUGAGUUAGAAGCGCGUAAAAAACACUCGAGCCGACCCAAAACACUCUUAAAAUUUACUACGCGCAACUCAGUAACUCCGCCCCCGCGUAGUCGUGUCCUCUUUUUGGGGAUUCAGAAUAUGGUCACCCUCGUGAUUGGCUAACUGUUAGAGGCUGUUCUUAAGUUCAGCAAACUUGUAGACUGUGUUGUGACAGACUGCUUUCCUUUAAUUUCAAUGUGGCACAUUUUCCUUUUGCAACUUUUAUAACAUCUCAGAAUCCCUUUUAUUCGCAGGUUCAUGCAAAUUUGGAAAAUUCUUGGAAUGAGGAGGAGGUAUGGAGGGUGGAGAUGUACGUUUCCUUUGGGAUUAUGAGUCUUGGGCUCCUGUCACUUUUGGCCAUCACCUCCAUUCCCUCUGUCCACAGUACGCUCAACUGGAGAGAGUUUAGCUUCAUACAGGUACGCCAUCUUUAGAGCAGAGGUUGAUCAGGUCUGACUCUGCAUGGAUACACAGAAUCUGUGAUGUUCUCAGCUUGUACUGAGUCUUUCUGUCUUUGCUUUAGUCUACUCUAGGUUACAUCGCUCUACUCAUUGCGGUCUUCCAUGGCCUGCUGUUUGGCUGGAAGCGAGCAUUUGAAGAAGAGGCCUACCGUUUCUACCUGCCCCCCUGCUUUGUGGUGGCGCUUGCCCUGCCAGUGUGUGUCAUUCUGGGGAAGGUGCUGAUGCUGUUACCCUGUGUGGCACGCAAGCUCCACCAGAUCCGCAGGGGUCUAGACAGCGGUCAGUAUCGCUGCAAGCGCCUGGAGUCGGCAGGCUCAGCUGUCCAGAUUUCCCCUCAAAGGGUUACCAUCAUGUGAGUUGUGUAGCGCACAGCUGUCUGCCCCCAAAACAGUGUUUACUGCCACAGUGAGCAGUAGUGAAUCGAAUAAAUGGCACAUUAAACUUUCAGACAGUGGACUGCUUUAGGUGACCUGUGAUUUAAGUAGCUGUUAGCUGUUAAUACGCACAGUUUUGUUUCGGUUGACUAUAGAGUAAAACUGAAUAUUUGUCCCUCUACAGUCCUCUCCAUGCUCCUAGUGUAUUGCUAUAAUGUCAGAAAUACUUUGUGCCUGUUGUCUUGUUCUGGCGGAUACUACUUGAGAAUUCUAAGUGUUCGACGUUGUUGUAAAACCGAGCUACGUUGACUAGUUUAACUCGGUCAAGGAAAACAAUUCAAUAAUGUGUCUGUCGCUCUGGAGGAGAUUUGUUAAGGUCAGCUUUAUUUCACAGAUGGAUACCCUGACUUCAUUUAUCUACUUUUUGGUUGAGACUACAAGCAAUACACCUUUUUUUAAUUUUUGUCUUCUUUUUGGCUCUCAUGAAUCAUGGGUAAACUUUUUAAUAUUGUUUGUCUCUCAUGAUUUUGCAUUUUUACAACUUUUUAUUACAUUCCUUAGCCUAUUUUAACGAAUAAGAAGAUAUAUCCUAAUGACAGUAAUGGCAGUAAUUGUGAUUAUGUGUUUCAGAAAGCUUCAUAUACUUUAAUGGAGCAACUGCACUUUUACUCCAGGAAGCAUUAGCCCUUUUGCACACACAUCGCACAUAUGGCUGCUAUGCUAAGUGUCGGGUUACCGAAGGACUUUGACAUAUAGGCUAAGGGAGCCAGGAUGGGACCAUCAAACCUACUUUUUUAGAUGUGCUGCAAUAUCAUUUCUCAUGCCAUGAAUCUGCCAUAAAAGUAUCAUACCGACAGAUUUGUAUUGUUUUGUAUCCAGGCAAUAAUUCUUUGCUGACAGUGAAAAUAAGCUGCUGUUAAAGCUGUCACAUUCAAAGACUUACUGAAGAAAAAUCUGUCACAUCAGUUCACCUUUUUCAUUUUCAUUGUAUUAUCUAUAUGUGCUGGGUUUUACAGGGUCUCAAAGUGGGCUGAUCUGAGUCUUAACUGAUUGAUUUUUGAUGCCAUAAAUUUCACUGAUGAAUGACUAUCCCGCCAUGAACCCACAAAACACAUUUCCCUUUCACUUACCCUGACAGGAAAUGAAACAGUAACAGGAAAUGCGAACACAUGGGAUGUUUACUUUAAAGGUUCGUCGAAUCAUUUAAGUCUCUGUGGCUUGUUUCACGAGCUGUGCAGAAGUGUAUUAAAAGCAAUGGUCUCUGGUUAAAAAAAAACACUCUUUUUAGUUUUACUGCUUUACAUCUCUAGAUGAAUCCACAUUUGACACAACUUAAGUGAAUAAAAACAAAACACUGAGCUUAUCUGAUAAUUUUGUUUUGUUGAGAAAAUCCUGUACGUAUAUUGUGUCCCACUAGACUGUCAAAUGUGCUGCGUAUUUCUGAGACCAACAUUAAAUCUGGAGUCAAAUAAGUCACUGUUUACAAGUUGUCUUUAAAGCAACAGCGACCUCUGCUGCUGACUUCAUCUGCUUACUUGUGGUUUGAUGUUUGUGAAGCAGUUUAUGUUGUAUUGAUUGAUGGCAUACAAUUUAGUUUUAGUGACAAAGUCUGAGAGCAACUUUGGUCAUAUUUAAUUUAAACUGCUCUCUACUGACUUGCUUUUUGAAAAAAAUUCUCAAAGAAAAAGUGUUGACCAGACAAUAAUAUGUGAAAACAAGUAAAAAUAAAAAAAAACAAGCAUGUCAAGUAAAAACUGAUUUUAAUGAAAAUCCAUCACAGUUAAACCUCAGUACAAUUUCAUUUAAAAAGCAAUAAAGUGAGUUCCAACUCUGACAUUUAAAGUCUAUUAAUAAAUGGGAUGACUCAACAAAUAAAAGGUUUACUUAUCUUUAAAACUAAAAAACUUCACUUCUUGCACUGUUAGGACAUAGAGGAUUGUGCACCAUAAUCCCUCCAUGUGGCAUUUAAAUCAAUUAUUCCUUGUUGGAACAAUAAAAUCCAGCACUGCUUUAAAAAUCUAUAACAUGCCAUUGCUUAAUCAUUUGUAGGCACUUAACUAUAAUCAGUUUUAUGUGAAUUAAAUACAUCUAUCAGACUGAGAAGGCACUUUCUUUUUACUUAUAUAAGAAAAUGGGAUUCUGCACACACCCUGUAUCAAAAACACAUACAUCCAAGGACCAAAUAAUGAGUUAAUUUACUUAAUUUGACAAUAUUCUGCACUAAAUAUAAAAUAAAUUCAUACUUGGGAGCGAAGCUGCUCCAGGUGAGGUAACAACUCAUGUGCAGUGGGUCUACAGCUGACAUCCCUGCUCCAGCACCGCUCCACAAGAGUUUUACACCUCUGCCCCAGUUUGGACUGAAAUACCGAGUUUAUGUGCAGAGACGGGCGCAGAUUGUGCGCCACAACCGCGUACAGCACGUGCUGCCUCUCGCCAGUGUAAGGCUGUUCCCUUGAGAUCAGCUGCCACAUGGUGAUCCCGAAGGAGUAAAUAUCUGCUUUAGGAGAGACCCCCUCACCUCUCAGCAGCUCCGGGGCUCUGUGUGUGUACGUGCCGCCAACGUGGCUCAGAUAAGGGCUGAUAGGGCUGGCUUCACAACCAUGGUCCAGUUUUAAAGAGCAGCCAAAAUCGGCAAUUUUGCAGACGUCUUCACUUGAAACUAAAAUGUUUGCUGGUUUGAUGUCGAGAUGCACAACGUUGUGGGAGUGAAGGAACCGCAAGCCAUGCGCAAUGUCCUCGGAGUACCUGAGCCACCGGUCCUCUUCCAGCGGCGCAGCACUCCCGUAUAUGAUCUGUUGUAGGUUUUCUCUCCCCACAAACUCCAUCAGUACCGUACCAAUGCUGGACUCAUCUCCAAAGUCCUCCGGUACACAGGUGGUCGCAGCGAUGACCCGAACGAUGUUCCUGUGCCGCAGGUGUGCUGCGUUCAGCUCGGCCCAGAAGCUCUGCCGGGACGCCAGCUUGUUCUUCGUGCACUUCUUGACUUUCUUAAGCGCAACAGUCUCUCCAAAGUACGCCGCUCUGUAGACGGAGCCGAACCCUCCGGAACCAACAGGCUGCACGGAGCGUAACUCCUUCCAGUUGAUCACAGAGGACCACAGCCGGCUUGUGGUUGCUCCGUGGAACCGCCGCACUGGGACUUGUAACGUGGAGCUGUGGGAGUGUUUGGUGAGCGGACUGCUGCAGAUGCCCAUAUCAAGAGAGGGGAAGAUGUCUUUGGGCAGCAGACGGGUGACAGGGAUCGGAGAAGGCAUUGUGCGGUUUGUGUCACGCACAUGUGUGAAACCUGCUGCUGAAUGAGCAGCUUCUCCACAGCCUGCAAGCUUUUCAGCACAACCGUAUACAAACAAAUACGCACACUCACAC